GUUUCCCGGCGUGCUGAUAAAAUUAUGAGCGCGUCGGAGAUCAGAAAGGAAAGUGGGAUUUCCUAAAUCCUACAACUCUCUCUCUCUCUCUCUCUCUCUCUCUCUCUCUCUCUCACUCUCACGGAGCUUCUUGCGCAAUCAGAAGCUGCCAAUCAUAAGCCCAUAACGGACACUUCGUAACGGCUCUCCGAUGUAGUUGGGAUUCUAGGGUUUAUCGCAAAUUUUGAAUUCGAUGUGUGCUCCCUACUUCUCUCAUCACGCUUUUCUCACUAUAUAUAUUACUCUCCGCAAGAUUGCACGGUGCCUCUCGCACUCUGCGACUUAGCUUUUCUUUGCUUAUACUUCACAAAUUCUCCAGUUUAAGGGAAAUCUGUAAGGCAAUGGCGACUAUGGUGGAGCCUCCGAAUGGGAUCAAGCCUCAAGGGAAGCAUUGUUUCCGGCUGUGGCAGACAUUGUUCGAGAUCGACACCAAAUAUGUUCCGAUCAAACCCGUCGGCAAAGGAGCCUAUGGCAUCGUCUGCUCUUCCUUUAACACAGAAACAAAUGAGAAAGUUGCCAUAAAGAAGAUAAAAAAUGUGUUUGAGAGUCAGACUGAUGCACUGAGGAUGUUGAGGGAGAUGAUCCUGUUGAGGCACAUCAAGCACGAAAACGUAAUUGCUUUGAAGGAUGUUAUGAUGCCGACCCACCGGAAAAGCUUCAAGGAUGUUUAUCUUGUUUAUGAACUCAUGGAUACCGAUCUGCAUCACGUCCUUAGGUCCCCUCAAUCUCUUUCCCGUGACCACUGCCAGUUUUUUCUUUGUCAGCUGCUUCGGGGGCUGCGGCAUCUUCACUCAGCAAAUAUUCUUCAUCGUGACCUAAAGCCAGGCAACAUCCUCAUCAAUGCGAACUGCGACCUGAAAAUAUGCGAUUUUGGACUAGCGCGUACCAGCAGAGGUGACGGUGAGUUCAUGACAGAAUACGUUGUCACCCGAUGGUAUCGGGCUCCAGAGCUUCUCCUUAGGUCUGACACUUAUGGAGCAUCCAUCGACGUCUGGUCUGUUGGAUGUAUUUUUGCUGAAAUCCUUGGCCGAAAGCCUAUCUUCCCUGGAGCCGAUUGGCUCGACCAGCUUAGACUAAUAAUCAGUGUUCUUGGGAGUCGGCAGGAAGCUGAUCUAGCAUUCAUUGAUAACCCAAAGGCGAGGACAUUCAUCAGUUCAUUCCCUUACUCGAGAGGAAUCCCAUUUGCGCAGUUGUUUCCCGAGGCGGAUCCUCUAGCGAUAGAUUUGUUAGAGAGGAUGCUUGUGUUUGAUCCGUCAAAGAGGAUUACUGCUGCAGACGCUCUCCAACACCCAUAUAUGUUUGACUUGUAUGAUACGAGUUGCGAUCCUCCAGCACCUGCCCCACUCGAUCUCCAGAUAAAUGAAAAUUUGGGGGAGCGGGUUAUGAGGGAGAUAAUGUGGAGAGAGAUGCUUCACUACCGCCCUGAGGUUGCUGCUGUUGGUAGUAGUUGACAGGUUUUGAUAGGCUUCUUUAGCUUAGAGUUCAUUUUUUUUUUCUUUCUUUUUGAGAUAAAUGAAAAUUUGGAGGAGCGGGCUAUGAGGGAGAUGAUGUGGAGAGAAAUAAUACUUCACUACCGUCCUGAGGUCGCUUCCGUUGGUAGUAGUUGACAGGUAUAUUGAUGUCUUCGUUAGCUUAGAGUCCAUUUGUUUUUUCUUUUACCAUCGAUGCAGCUUCUCAUAACUCUUAAAAAGUAUUUUUGAAAUUUUUGUGCGGGUUAUGAGUUGAUUUUUUUUUAUGUACUUGAUGAUGUAAGAUCCUCAAGAAAUGCUGUUUUGAUGUUUCCUGUGUUAUCACAUUUUUUGAUUCUUUGCCGCCGUCGUCGUCUUCUUCUCUGUUUUGUUGUCGUCGGCGGUUACGGUGUUUUGUACUUUUGUUAAUGGAAUUAUGAAUGAGGAUGCGGAUUUUUGGCAUU